AUGCCAUUGGCAACAAAACCUUCGAAUGAGGUCCAAGUGUUCACUGGACUCGACUGUCUCCACUUCUUGGUAUUGUCCAAUGUCCGACCUUUGGUGCCAUCAAAUGGAGGCCAGGGGCAACAAUUCCCAUCUCUUCUUGGACAGGAAUCCCUGUACAAUGUCACAUUUGAUGAGGUGCAUGAUCAGCUCGGAAUGGUAGGGAACCCUUUGAGUGCAAUGAAUGUUGAUGAGCUAAGAAAUGUGAUAUCCGUUGAAGAACGCCUGCUGGUGCAAAACCCUCCUCCUACUUCGUUAUCUUCCUCGUCUUUUCUUGGGAAUUUUAAUCUGAAUGGGGCAUCAAGUAAGAAAACUAUCGAUGAGGUGUGGAAGGAAAUUGCCAACCAAGAACGUGUGAACGCCUUGGAUAACCAAUUAAUUCGGCAACAACUUGGCGAAGCUACGCUUGAGGAUUUUCUAGUUCGAGCUGGUGUAAUCGACGAAGGAAAUGAAAAUGGAGUAUUUAGUCAUCAACCUAUUAUGGAGGUUGAUCCAGUGGUUGUAGUGUCACAGCAGACAGAUUUGUUACAGUAUCAGAUGGCUGCUGUGCAACAACAGCAGCAGCAGAUGAGAGUGUUGGAUUCGAAUUUUCAUAUGUCUGAAGCUGCUUAUGAGAACCAUGUUGUGAAUGUUGGAUACUCGGAGAACCAACUGUCUAUGACUAUGGCAGUGUCAGCAAUGUCAGCAACAUCUUCAGAGUCUCCGGUGGUUGCUGAAAAGAAGUGUCGUUAUGCAGACGAGAUGAUGAAGAAGACUAUUGAGAGGAGGCAGAAGAGGAUGAUCAAGAAUCGGGAGUCGGCUGCAAGGUCAAGAGCAAGGAAACAGGCUUAUACCAAUCAGUUGGAGCAUGUAGUGAUCCUAAAGGAAACCGUGGAAUCAAAUGCCAAUCCAACGCAGUUGAUGCACAUAAGCCAGCCCUACUCUGAUGAGGCAGUAGAUUACAGAAACAAACCAAAUGACAGCAUAAAUUCCAAGAGAGAGCCUGAAGGAGCAGGAGAAGAAAAUAGAGAAGAAGACCGAGGAUGA